AGCUUCAAGCACGUGGUCAGAGAAAAGUAUCAAAAUUCCUUGUUGCUAUUUCACCCCUGCGCGCGUGCGCAUCUAAACAGAGCCAGGAGACGUGUUGUGAAAGACUCGAAGAGCUUGUUCUUCGCAUGAUUUAUUGGGACUGGCGGUUGUCCCGGGAGGGUCACAUAUUUUGUGAGGAUGGACGUGCAAGAUUAUGAUGAAUUGACUGCCUUCCUAGGGGCGUGGGGUCCUUUCCAGAAAACAAUAUUCUUCUUGCUGAGUGUCAUCAUCAUCCCGAACGGUUACACUAGUCUGUGUAUGGUGUUCGUGGGAGACACCCCGCAGCACCACUGCCGCCUGCCCGACUCUCCAAAUAGCACCUUCGAAGAAAGUAAGUCUUCUCCGAACCUGAGUCUACGGAUCCCUAUUGAAGAAAGGGAUGGUGAGCAAGUGUACAGUCGGUGCACCAAAUUCAAAACUAUUAUAGGAGACCGCUCCAGUGACACAGCACGUGAAAUAGAGCCCUGUAUUAACGGCUGGGUGUACAGUACAGACAGGUACAUCUCUACUAUUGUCAGUGAGUGGAAUCUUGUUUGUGAUGAUAAGUGGAAAGGACCAUUCACAGCAUCAGUAUUUUUCUUGGGCAUGCUGUGUGGAUCAUUCAUCUCUGGACAAAUUUCAGACAGGUACGGGCGAAAACUCAUUCUGUUUGUAUCCAUGACUGUGCACACUGGCUCCAGCCUUCUCCUCGUGACCUCUCAGAGCUGGGAGAUGUUUGCUACCUUGUUCUUCAUUGUUGGCCUUGCCCAAAUUGCACGGUACAUAGUGAUGUUCAUUUUGGGAAGUGAACUUCUUGGCAAAGCUGAAAGGAUAGCUUUUGGAACCGUUGGCCUCUGCCUGUUUUAUGCAGUGGGUUAUGUUGUUCUACCGAUUUUUGCGUAUUUUAUCCGGGACUGGCGGAUGUUAUUGGUGGCUUUAUCGCUUCCACAAAUCCUUUAUAUUCCUCUUUGGUGGUUCAUACCAGAAUCUCCAAGAUGGCUGCUCUCCCAGGGUCGAGUGGAAGAGGCAACAGUGAUUUUAAAAGCUGCUGCUAAAAGAAAUGGCAUUACAACAACUGCUGAGAUAUUUGAGAAUAUAGGAGACCGAGAAUCCAUUGUAAUGAACCAUUGA